AAAAUUCAGCCGGUACUUGCACGGGGACUCGCUGACCUGUAACAUACUUUGGCAGGAACUAUUUGAGCGUAAAUAACCCUUCAUUUGAAUAUGGCCGCAAAAGGCGAGGAUAGUUUGACUCAAAUUCAAAAGUACAAAGCUCUGUUGUCGGCAACACGACGCAAAGGAGGAGAAGAAAUGGCCAAGAAAUCGAAGAAGAAGAAAACAAGCAAGGAAAAUACCACAUCUUCUAUUAAAACUGCUGACAAGAAAGCGGCUGCUUCAUGCUCUGGUUUAAAUUUGACAGAGGUCACAAAGAACACGACUCUACAAGAAGCAACCAACCAAAAUAAAGAUAAAGACUCGAYKGCCAAGGGUAAAGCGAUGACAGGUCAAGCAGAAUCAACCGAGAGCUCCAGCACAUUAGAUAGCAACACCGGCAGCAAAGCUAGUYCAACAAUGUCGACCGAUAAAGACAUGAGUGCAGAGCCCGAAACUACGAGCGAAGCGGGCGACGAAAGACCAAGUAAUAACCAAAAAGAACCUGAAUUUGAAAAGUCUAAAAAAGGAAGGCUCUCAUUUAGACGAAAGAGAAAAAAGUCUUCCGUUACAAAGCCUGAAUUGGACAACUCUGCGCAAGAAGAAAAGAAAGAGAAACAAGAACCAGAAAAUCCACCCGAAAGCGAGGAGACUCCAAAAACAGCGAUGAACUCAGAUGCACAAUCUCUUGGAGACAAUUCACCUCAAAAUGAAGAAAAUGCAGAAAAUACUGCCUCGACUGAUGUCAAAGAAAAAAGAAAGGAAUCAGCUGAUAAAGAAAUAAAAGAUAAAGUCUCUCGCUCCAAGAAAUUUAAACGCUGGGCAAGUUUCUCCAACAAACAAAAGAAAGAUGGUACAGAAAGCAAAUCAACCGAAACAAAACAGAAAUUUGAUGAUCUGGAGUUAAAGAAAGUCAGCUCAGAUGACCUGAUGAAAGCUGAAGAAGAGAACAAUGCCGAGGAAWAURUCAACACCACGGGGAGUAGUGAUAGUUCACCAUUGUCCAAAGAAGAGCGCCGCAAAMGAUCUGUGAGCUUCGCCGAGACUGUCCAUUAUCACGACGAUGAACUUCUUGCUGAGCCAGAGCCKCGCAAACGAUCUUCAAGCUUCGGCGAAGAGACAACUGUUGUGCCAUUCACCGAUGUUAUUCCUGGUGCAGAGAAAAUAUCUGACCAGCCAAAAGAAACAACACAGGAAGAAUCAGAACCCGAACAACUCAACGACUCGCAAAAUGAAAACAACKCUGCAACCGAUGAUAAAGACAACACAGAAAUYGCUGACAUUGUCAUCGAAAACGCUUCGAAGGACAAGGACAAUAAAGAAGAUAAUGAGAUUGACAGUUUGAGCGACGUUGAACAAAAUGACUCCAAGACGGACGACGAAUACAUAACAGCAGGUGACGCGACUGGUGAAGAAAACGAUGAAACUCCUGACAACAAACCCAAAAAGAAAAAGAAACGAUUUCUUCGUAAAUUGUCGAGCAAAAACAUMAAGUCAAAGAAAGAAAAYAAGCCAAUCACAAAAUCAGAUAUCAGCAGCCCAYUGGAGUUACUCGAUGGUGAAACGRUACCGAAUGAGGAWGCUGGAGAACAGUCCGAACAGGAAGAAAAGUCCAAAGAAAACUCUGGCAAGAGAAAGAAGAGCGUUCUCGGCCUGAAACUACCUAAAGCUUUAAAGAAAAGAAAGUCGUCGAACGGAAGCAAAGCAAAUAUUGAAACAGYUGAGAAAGAAUCGAARAAAGAUGAAGAACUUCMACCCGARCAAAGUGAAAGUCAAUCAGAAAAGGACAACAAAGAAAACACAAACGAAAAUCCACCCGAAAAACUUGAAGCAGACCAGAAAACUACAGAUAACAUUGAAAACAACACAGACACWGACACCGCAGCGAUCAUUGAUAAAGAACAAUCAGAACCUUGUGAAACAAUAGUAUGUGAACAAAAAGGUCARAAACCUGAUGAAACACAAUCCGACAACAAAGACGGAAUAAUUCCAACCGAACAAAACACCGAGCCAGCUGCUGAAGACGAGAAAAAUUCCGAGAAAGAUCUUCAAACUGAAGAGAUGGAAGAAAUACAGMCCGUACAAUCCUCGACUCCUACAGGGAUCGCCGAAAAUCCUUCAGCGAUCAACGAAAUCGAAUCGAUAAGCGAGCAAGUUGAACACGACUCGGACAAUGAUGAGCUGAAAGAAAACCAAAACUUCGUUCCAGAAGAAAGCAACGACGAUAUUCAAGACAGCAGCCUUAGCGUAAGUGAAAUUACAUUGAUUGAGAUGGGAGACGAAAGUUCUUUGCUUGCUGUUCCAGUCGUCAAAGAAAGCGCGCCAGAACAUCAAAUCCACGAGUUGCCUUCAAUUGAAACACCRGAAGUCACGCAAGAACUUGAUGAAGUCACGCAAGAACAACAAGAAGAGUUGCCAAACGAUGCAAACUCGCAACAAACAGAACUACCGAGCUCAACUGAGGAGAAACAGACUCCAUCUGAUGAUAACAGCAAAGAUUCCUCGAAUGAAUCCGAUGCCAACCCRAAUGUCAGCCGAGGACUAUCGCCCGAGGUAUGUCACGCAUUAUGCAGUUUUGAAAUGUCCGUGAGGACCAAGGCCAUGGUWGAUUCCUACAUCCUGAUAGACCAACAGCUUGAAGUYUCUCAGGAUUUCAUGCGACAAAUGGAACUGAUGGAUAAUCGUAAAAACCGUUGUUUUGUUAUGUAAGUUAUCAUUCUUUAACUAAAUAUUUUUUAUUAGCGGCAAUUAUGCACGAAGGAAAUAUGUAUACUCAGAGUGAAAAAAAAGUUCACAAAUCGCAAGAAGGUUUUACAUAUAUCUUUGAGCACAUAAAAAGCACUUUGAUGUUAUAUUCUAUAAGAUUAUGCCAAUGUAUCGGCAUAAUCAGCUUCUAUCUAGAGUUUCUAAAUUAUAGAAAGUAAUUUAUAAAAAAGUAAAAACAUUUAAAACGUGAAAAAAUAUCUUUAUUCUGGUYAUUCAUCAUUAUCAUCAUAUUGAAUAUUUCUUAUACUGCUGUACGAUUUAUGAAAUUWUUCAAAAAUAAAAUGAUCUUAAAAAUAAA